AUGAGUUACAGAGAAGCUAUUCAGCUGAACAAUCAAGCUACUUCCCUAUUGGAAAGCAAACGUUUCGAUGAAGCUAUUCUUGUUGCAUGCGCUGCAAUGGAGGUGUUCCAAAAACAAACGCCUACUGCAGAAAAGGUAUCUCUGUGUGGCAAUGACUUCGUUGACCAAUGCAUGCUUUCUCGACAUCGUGAUUGCGACUGCGACAGCAACACCAUGGACGAGGAGUACACCUAUGAACAUGGGAUCGUGUUACCGUUGAAUACAAUGGAUGGAACAGUUAUCACCCCUGUCCUGAUCUUCAACUGCGCCCUCUCUCAUCACUUGGCAGCGAGACAUUGCAACGACCAUGCCAUUUGUUCUCAGCACUUCCUCAACAAAGCACAAAGGCUUUACACGCUUGCCUAUGAUCAACAAGAUCAAGACCAGAACAUGAUAUUCCAGGCUGUCAUUGUUGACAACAUUGGAGUAAUUCGAAAGAUUCUUGGCAACGAGGAGGAGGCACAGGCGUGCUUUGAACAUUUGACGUCAAUGCUCAUGAUGAUGAUCUACUGCACCGAGGAUGAUUCUUGUUUGGGCGAAAACAAAUAUCGACAACAUGUCCAGGGCUUCUUUUGGAUGAAUAUUUUGGAAAACCAGCGAUCACUAGCCCCCGCUGCGUAA